AUGAGCGAAGACGCAACCAAGCGCGUGAAGCCCGACUCUGGGGAUGAUGACGAGUCCCCCCUGCAGAAGAAGGUCAAGAAGGAGCAUUACAAUUAUGAAAAUCACUCCAAGGAGUUCCUCAUUAGCAAGGCGACCUACACACAGCAGUACUGUGAAAUUUACAGCGCUCGGACCAAGGCGAUGAAGGGGCUGCUGGUGAGGACGGUGGAACGGUUAGUCGGAUGUAGCGGUCAAGCCAACGGUCACAUAAAUGGUAAUGUCAAGGUAGAGCUGGGGUGCGAAGUAAAGCGCGAAGGUGGGGAAGACGCUAAGGGCCUGGCUGGCAAGGAAUACUCCCUCCUGCACUACUUGAAGGAACUUAAGACGAACGAAAACUGCUACUGCAUAGGUACGUUGUUCAAAAAAAUGGAGCUGCGGCCCUCCAUCCUAAACGAAUACAUCAGCGAAAUCAACGAGACGGAAGACGUCGUGGUGAACUACACACACGAUGAAGACGUUCUAUUUCUAGAAGACGAAACGGCAAGGUUAAAGUUGGAAGGAAAUAUAAACAGUGACCAUUAUGUGACGGGGCUAACAGUUAUUAUAAAAGGGAGGGGCAUGAGCAAUGGCUCCCUAUAUGUGGAUGAGCUCAUUUAUGCAUAUGUGCCCAAGUUAGAAGUUCCGAGGUGCAUUAGCGAUGACGACAAAUAUAUCAUGUUCGUCUCGGGGAUACAAAUAAGUGAACGAAACGGAAAUGUAAAUAACACCUCUCUAUUGAAGGAUUUUAUUUUAGGAUUAUAUGGAGAUAAGGACUUAUCUGAGAAGCUAAUCAGGGUAGUUAUUGUUGGGAACUGUCUUCGUAAUGUUGAUGGCGAUGAGAAAGACAUGAAAACCGUUGAUACGUUUUUUGCUUCUCUUUGUCCAGGUGUGUAUGUCGAUUUAAUGCCUGGGGAGAAUGACCCCACGGAUGCCAUCCUACCGCAACAACCUUUUCCAAACUUAUUUUUUAAGACAGCUAGAAAUUACAGCUCCUUUAAGUGCGUCACUAACCCCUACCUUUUCUCCAUCGAUAAUGUAAACGUAUGCUGUAUGUCCGGUGAACCCGUUAACAAUAUCGUCUCUUACUCGAAGAAUUCUCCAAUGGAUGCUCUAAGGAUGAUUGCGAAGAGCCGCAUUUUAUCUCCCACCUGUCCAGAUACCCUGGGGUGCUAUCCCUUCAUGGAAAAGGACCCCUUCUGUUUACAGGACGAUGAUAAAUAUCCCCACAUUUUUGUUAACGGGAAUUGUACAGACCUCGAGGUGCAACACAUGCACGGGGAGAACACGCUACCCCUGUUGGUGUGCCUACCCAGCUUUGACGUCACCCCCAAAGCGCUCCUCGUCAACAUCAGGAAUAUGCAACACGUAACGUUGACCUUCGACGUUGGGAAGUAA